AUGAUGAUUGGUGGCGCACCUGUCGUAUUCAAGUCCAAGUACCAGCGCAUGGUGGCAUUGAGCUCGGCAGAGGUGGAGUACAUGGCUGUAAGCUUUUGUACCCAGGAAGUACUGUGGGUCCGCGCGAUGCUUAAGGAUCUCGGUCAUGAGCAAGUGGGAGCGACUUUGGUCUAUGAAGAUAAUCAAGGUGCGAUUGGACUUGCAAGUAACUCAGGAUUGUACAAUGCCAGGACCAAGCACGUCGACAUCCGUCACCACUUUAUCCGGGAGAAUGUGGCUCAAGACAUUAUUGUGGUCAAGUACAAGUCAACGGUGGACCAGCUGGCAGACAUGUUGACCAAGGCACUAGGGACCAAGCAAGUCAAGUACUUGCUCCAAGCAAGUGGUAUCGGACCGAGGCGCAGUCAGCAUAAGCGGUGA